AUGUUAUUGUCCGCUGGUACUGAUGGACCCGUUCUGGGUCGUCUAGAACUGUCAGACGGAUCCAAAUUUGAUGGGAUUCUGUAUGGUUCUUGCAAUCAAACCGCUGGGGAAGUUGUUUUUCAGACUGGUAUGGUGGGAUAUGUGGAGUCACUUACGGAUCCAUCAUAUCAUUCUCAAAUCCUGAUAUUGACAUAUCCAUCCAUCGGAAAUUAUGGUGUUCCCGACGAGAAAGAACUGGAUGAAUAUGGUCUACCAAAGUGGUUUGAAUCUGAUUCGAUAUACGCUCGAGGAUUGGUUGUAUCAGAAAUAUGUGUUGAGUACUCGCAUUUUGCAGCGAAAAUGUCUUUAGACGAAUGGCUAAAGGAAAAAGGAGUUACGUGUCUCAGCAAUGUCGAUACCAGAGCUUUAACUCAAAAGAUCCGACAACAUGGUACGAUGCUCGGCCGAAUCUAUCGAAUUUCCGGCGAUGGUUACAUUCCUGAGUGGUAUGAUCCGUCUUUGGACAACCUAGCCUCCGCAGUGAGCUGUAAAACGCCCAAAACGUAUAAUCCUACUGGUGAUGUGCAUAUAGCAGCCAUUGAUUGUGGUAUGAAAUUCAAUCAAAUUCGUUGCUUCGUUAGUCGUGGAGCUAAACUAGAUAGUUUUCCAAAUUAUUUUGCACCGCUUGUUUAUUGUGAAGCUUUCCGUUUUUCACAGGUAACGGUUCUCCCGUUCGGUACCGACCUUUCUGAAUGUACGGAAACGUUCGAUGCACUGUUUGUUAGUAAUGGUCCGGGAGAUCCUGUUCAAUACUCGCAUGUUGUCACGCAAAUAACACGCUGGAUGGAGAAGGACAAACCGCUUUUUGGUAUUUGUCUUGGUCAUCAGUUGGUUUCCCGAGCGAUUGGACUAAAAACCUAUAAAAUGAAGUAUGGAAAUCGUGGUCAUAACCAACCUUGCAUUCACUUGAAAUCCGGUCGCUGCUUUACCACUAGCCAGAACCACGGUUAUGCAGUCGAUGCAUCAAGUCUUCCAGAUGGAUGGUACGAGCUAUUUCGUAAUGCAAACGAUCAAUCUAACGAAGGCCUUGCUCAUUAUACGAAGCCAUGGAUGAGUGUGCAAUUCCAUCCAGAACACAUGGCCGGACCGCAGGAUUUAGAGAUUCUGUUCAGUAUUUUUUUGCAAGUUGUGAUGAUUGAAGCCGAAAGACCAGACGGGAUUCUCAUUUCGUUCGGUGGCCAAACCGGUCUGACCUGCGGUCUCGCAUUGGCCACUCCCGGACAAAGCUCAAGUGUUAUUGUGGAACAAGGUGAUAUCACUCUGACUGAGCCAUCCGUGUUGGAGACAUGGGAAUGUCGUCUGCUGGGUACACCGGCCUCAGCCAUAGAAAUAACCGAGGAUCGUCAUAAAUUUGCCGAGGCAAUGCACUUGAUUGGCGAGAAGGUGGCACCUGCAGAUGCUGCUACUACUGUUCGGGAAGCUGUGGAUGUUGGCAAUCGGCUUGGCUAUCCGGUCCUGAUUCGUGCAGCUUUCGCUCUGGGUGGCAUGGGUUCGGGGUUCGCGGAUAACGCUGAGCAGCUCGAGGUGCUGGCUCAACGUGCUCUGUCCCAGACUACACAAAUUUUUAUUGACAAAUCGCUGAAAGGAUGGAAGGAAGUGGAGUAUGAGGUUGGUGAAUACAUACACACACAUGUCAUCUUUUUAUUGUUACUGGAUCUAGCCGUUAUGUUAUUGGAUUUUUUUAUUGGUCGCUGUUUGGGUAUGGGUUCGCGUUGUUAUAAUGUUGUACUGGAACACUGCGAGGUCAUUCAGGUUGGGCUCCCAAACUUUCUCUCGGAUUGUGAUUCAAAUCCGGUUUGUGUUCUCCAUCUGAAGGUUUUGAGAGAUGCAUACGAUAACUGUAUUACGGUGUGUAACAUGGAAAAUGUGGACCCGGUCGGUAUACACACGGGCGAGUCGAUCGUGGUAGCUCCGAGUCAGACACUUUCAAAUGUGGAAUAUAACAUGCUGCGAUCUGUUGCCAUCAAGGUUGCUCGUCAUUUAAAAAUUGUUGGCGAGUGCAACAUCCAGUUCGCUUUGGACCCAGAUUCUCUGAAAUACUACAUAAUCGAAGUGAACGCCCGACUGUCUCGAAGUUCCGCAUUGGCAAGUAAAGCCACCGGGUAUCCGCUAGCGUAUAUCGCUGCCAAGCUAAGUCUCGGUCGCAGUUUGACUGAACUAACAAAUGUGGUUACCGGCGAUCUGACCACUGCUUGCUUCGAGCCCAGUUUGGACUAUUGCGUGGUUAAAGUUCCUCGAUGGGAUCUAAGUAAAUUCACUCGGAUAACGAGACAUAUUGGAAGUUCGAUGAAAAGUGUCGGCGAAGUGAUGGCUAUCUCACGUUGCUUUGAAGAGGCCAUGCAAAAAGCAUUGCGUAUGACUGAUCAGGGAGCUGUGGGAUUCGACGGACGUGGUUACACAACUGAUGAGGAAAUUCUGGUUAAUCCAACCGACCAACGCAUCUAUGUGCUAGCUGCAGCUCUACACGAAGGCUAUUCUGUAGAUCGCUUGUUUGAGCUAACUAAAAUCGAUCGCUGGUUCCUGUAUCGGUUUUCAGCUAUUGUUCAAUGCCAGAAGAAGUUAAAUGAGGUGAGCAUUGUCCUUGACAUGACCAGUCUUAUCUGUGCCAAACGCCUGGGCUUCUGUGACAUCCAGAUCGCACACGCGCUCCAAUCAUCUGCCCUCACCGUCUCCCGGUUACGCGAGCAGUUGCAUCUGGGUCCAGCUGUGCGUCAGGUGGACACGGUUGCCGGUGAAUGGCCGGCCACAACCAAUUAUCUCUAUGUCACCUAUGCCGAUUUACCACUAGCUGAAAUUAUUCAUCUUCGUGGAACAUCCAAUCUGGAACAUCUACUGGAAGGUGUAAAAAAUGCUGUCGACCCUGUUCAGAAACAUGAUCACGGAAGGACGUCUUAUGAAAAAGUUCGUCACUUGUCUUAUUUCGAAUCUGUUUAUCUGGUUUCAGCUAACAUUAUGGUUUUGGGUUCUGGUGUUUAUCGGAUCGGAUCCAGUGUUGAAUUCGAUUGGUGUGCUGUGGGUUGCGUUCGCGAACUGAGACGUCUGGGCUGGUCUACAGUGAUGCUUAACUGCAAUCCGGAGACCGUCUCCACUGAUUUUGAUAUGUGUAAUCGUCUCUACUUUGAUGAACUGUCACUAGAGCGCGUUUUGGACAUUUUCAGACUGGAAGCUUCAGUUGGUGUAAUUGUCAGCAUGGGCGGUCAGACGCCGAAUAACAUAGUGAUGCCAAUGCACCGUCUCGGUGUGCCAAUCCUAGGCACAUCAGCUGAGUCAAUUGAUACAGCGGAAAAUCGUUUCAAAUUCUCUCGUCUCCUGGAUUGCAUGAACAUAUCUCAACCGCGUUGGAAAGAGCUGACCGAUUUGGAAUCUGCUAGAGCGUUCUGUAGCGAGGUCGGGUAUCCCUGUCUUGUUCGUCCAAGUUAUGUCUUAUCCGGUGCAGCGAUGAACGUGGCUUACGACGACCAGGAUUUGGUCUCGUAUCUGACCGCAGCGAAAUCGAUUAGUCCGGAACACCCGGUUGUGAUCACCCAGUUCAUUUUGGACGCAAAAGAAAUCGACGUGGAUGCUGUUGCACAGUCUGGUCGUGUGAUUGCUGUGGCCGUAUCCGAGCAUGUGGAAAACGCGGGGGUGCAUUCCGGUGAUGCCACAUUAGUCACUCCGCCACAAGAUUUGAACGCAGAAACACUUGGUAGUAUUCGUGAAUUAAUUGUGGCAUUAGCGGAUGAACUUCAAGUUUCCGGGCCGUUCAACUUGCAAGUUAUUGCUAAAGACAAUCGUUUGCAGAUUAUCGAGGCCAACCUACGCGUUUCACGUUCGUUUCCGUUUGUGUCUAAGACGUUGAAGUACGACUUUGUGGCUGCGGCAACUCGAUGCAUCUUGGGAUCUGCGCGGGACUCAAUACAUCCGCCUAGUAGUUGCUCGAGUACUGAUCGUUUAUCUGGGUCGCGUGGCUUCCUUGAGCCGGCAGUAGAUGUAACUGCUGGUAUUCCUGGUCACGUUGGAGUGAAGAAUAAUUUCGUACGAUACAAACUAUCUUCCCCUUGUUCCCCUGUUCAGGUUCCAGUUUUCUCUUUCUCGCGUCUUCUCGGUGCGGAAGUUCUACUGGGCGUGGAAAUGGUUAGCACGGGCGAAGUUGCCUGUUUCGGUCAGGAUCGGUACGAAGCCUAUUUGCUUGCUCAGUCAGCGGCACUCCUCAAUACGAACGGACGUCUGCCGAAACCUCGGGAGAAUAUCUUUUUAUCUAUUGGUAGUUAUAAACACAAAGUCGAACUGAUGACCAGAGAGAACGCAGGUAUACUGACCACUUCAUCACCGUGCUGCUGGUUGGGCCGUUUUUCAUCUGGUCUAUACGUGUUUGCCAUGCCAAACACUGACCCCGCCGUGGUUGAUGAGGCUUCGUUCCGUCUGGCCGCAGAACGUGCAGCAAUGCGUGCCUACUGUGAUUACGGUUUGUUCGUGGGUGCCACGGCGGAUAAUGCCUCCCAAGUAGCACAACUAAGUCGUCAAGCGGUCGGAUUGAAAAUGUAUUUGAACGAGACGUUUACCACACUGUCUCUGGCCGGUCGAAUGGACGUUUGGAAAAAACACUUCGAGAGCUGGCCAGCGAAUCGCCCUAUCUGUUGUCAUGCUGAGGGCGAAACGAUGGCCGCGGUGCUUCUCUUGGCUGAACUAACAGAUCGAGCUGUGCAUAUAUGCCACGUGUCUCGCAAAAUCGAGAUCGAAUUAAUUCGCGACGCCAAAGCACGCGGACUGAAAGUGACCUGUGAAGUUUGUCCACAUCACCUGUUUCUAACCGCGGACGACAUGCCUAAGGAAGGUGGAUGGGCCGAAGUGCGACCACGUCUUGGUACUCGAGAAGAUAUUGAAGCAUUAUGGGCUAAUCUGAGCACCAUUGACUGUUUCGCUACCGAUCACGCCCCGCAUCUGGUCUCCGAAAAGGCUCGGGAUCUCAAAGCACCUCCGGGAUUUCCGGGUUUGGAAACAAUGCUCCCAUUAUUGUUGACAGCCAUGUGCGAGGGCCGUUUGACUCUAACCGAUCUGGUUGAACGGCUGCACGUGAAUCCGCUUCGCAUAUUCGGCUUGGCUGUGCACGGAGAUGCGAAUGAGGCACUGGAUCGAUGUGCGUAUGAGGACACAUGGGUCGAAGUAGACCUCAGUUCUGAGUGGUACCUGCCGGGUGCUUACACGUAUCAAACGCCCGUGACAAAAAUGUCCACUUCUGGCUCAGCUCCUACGCUCUUCACACGUGCCGGUUGGAGCCCAUUUGCUGGCCGACGCGUACGUGGUCGUGUUCGACGUGUAAUGCUGCGAGGAGAACUGUCUUUCGUAGAUAAUCGAGUUUUGGUAAAACCUGGAUAUGGGAUAAAUUUGAUGAGUAGUGUGAUCGCCGAUCCGAAAUCCGUUUCGGAAACCCCGACGGUUGAGAUCAUCGAGCGACCAGUUCAGCUUAUUCACGCUCCAUCGUCUCCUUCUCCUCGGGUGCGCUUGGACUCGUGUAGCGAGCGGAUCUGGGUCAUGGCCAGUCUAUUCUUCGAGGCAAGCACACGCACCUGCAAUUCGUUCACAGUGGCCAUGCAGCGUCUGGGUGGCAGUGUGGUUCAUUUUACCGAAUCAUUGAGUUCACUGAGCAAAGGGGAGACAUUGGCUGAUACAUUCCGAAUCCUCGCCUCUUAUUCCGAUUGUUUAGUCGUUCGACAUCCCGGAAAGGGCGCUAUUCAAAAUGCGGCAUCAUUUGUGAACAAACCGAUUAUCAAUGCAGGUGAGGCCAUUUUGAUACGUGACGGUGUGGGCGAGCACCCAACUCAGGCCCUUCUGGAUGCUUUCACUAUACGUGAAGAGAUUGGCACGGUGAACGGUUUGACCGUUACCAUGGUGGGUGACCUGGCUCAUGGUCGUACUGUGCACAGUUUGGCUCGUCUACUCUGUCUGUACAAUGUACGCUUACGUUAUGUGACUCAUUGUGAUGAACUGCGUAUGCCCGACGAUGUUAAAGCAUAUGUCGCUGCACGGGGCAUACAUCAAGAAGAAAUGUCCAGUCUGGUUGAGGCAUUACCGGACACGGAUGUGCUGUACAUGACUCGUGUUCAAGCCGAACGCAUAAAAUCGACCGAUUCACGUCAACUGGCCGCGAACCAGUUUGUCAUCACUCCGGAAUUGAUGACAUUGGCAAAACCCACGGGAAUGAUUGUCAUGCACCCGUUGCCUCGUGUCGGGGAAAUUAGUCCCAGUUUCGAUUCGGAUCCCCGGGCCGCCUAUUUUCGACAGGCUGAAUAUGGAAUGUACGUGCGCAUGGCUCUUCUGGCUACCCUAUUGGCUGAUCCGAAACACUGA